ACAAAAACCCAAAGGCAAAGACUACUUCACCCUCUUAUUCCUCUUUUAACUUUAAAUUCACUUUUCUCUUUAAAACUCCAAAUUUCCAACGCCGCCUCUCCCGGUGUCUCCUCCGUCACCUCCGCCGCUUCCUCUUUCACUUUACCUACCUGUCUCAAUCUCAUUCCUCUCUCCAUUUUCCGUGCGCCUGAAUCUACGCUUCAUAGCUUUUUUUUUUCUCUCAUCCCGAGGCCUAAAUUCCAGAUCUGCUUCUUCCACUCCAAUUCACUCUCUUCUAAAUUCUCGCUUUCGUUUCGGUUCCUUAGAUCCUUUUCUUCAUUCAUCUUGAUUUUGUAGAAUAUUUUUGACAACUUAUGGCCAAGGUAGCAUCAUUUUGCUGUGCUCUUCUUUCGGUUCUGCUUUUAAUGCAAGUCUCUGUUUCCGCGGAUUCUCCGGCAGAUUCUCCCGCUCCGCCGCCGGAAACUGGUGUGGAUUCCCCUCCGCCGCGUUCUUCUUCUGGCAUCUCUAGCCCACCAGACGCAUCGCCUCGGAAUGCACCGGUGCGUUCUCCUCCAUCGCCUCCACCAUCAGAUCUUGCUCCGACUUCACCGUCUCCUCCUCCUUCCUCUUCUCCGGCUCCAUCUCCACCUCCAUCCGAAGCUAGCGACUUUGGCAGGAGCAGUGUGAUUAACGAAGACGAAUCGGAUGAAGAAUCAAAAGACGGAAUGAGUGGAGCUCAGAAAUUCGGAAUCGCAAUCGGAGUAGUCGCAGCGGUUGCUUUUAUUGGAUUUGGAGGAGUGGUGUACAAGAAGCGGCAAGACAAUAUUCGCCGAUCUCACUAUGGAUAUACAGCGAGGAGAGAGAUCCUGUGAAGAUCGCCAUAGCUACGGUACCUUACGAUUUCUUAAUGGAAUUGAUUUUUGUUUUGAUAUACACAUUUUUUAGUGAUUCAACUCUGUAUUAAAUAUUCUUUUUGUUCGAUUACGAUUCCAUUAUCGGUCACUUAUGCAUCUGUUAGAGAUUUUACUAUUCUAUUUCAAUGUUUUCGAAUUCAGAUUUCACAUUCUGCUUCCUUGUUUCA